AUGCGGUCCUUCUUGUUACUCGCUGCCGCGGCUCCAUUCGCUCAAGCCGUUCGCAUCGUUCAAUCAAAUGACGACGGUUGGUCAGAGGCAAACCUCCGUACCUUCUUCGACGUUUUGAACUCUGCUGGCCAUCAAGUCGUGCUGUCCGGUCCCGCUGAGAACCAGUCUGGCAGAGGUUCAUCCGACGAACCCCCGAAGACUGUCGAUUCAGACGGUUGCAUUCAUGCGUCCUGCCCUGGUGGAAGCCCACCAACAGGCGCAAAUGCGACAGACCCUCGCUUGAACUACGUGAACUCAUUCCCAGUCACCUCCAUCAAGCAAGGCAUCGAUGUCACUGCUCCCAAGCUCUGGAACGGUGCAAAGCCCGAACUCGCCCUUACCGGACCGAAUGUCGGAAGCAACGUCGCUGUUCAGGUACCCUUCUCCGGUACCGUUGGCGCCGCUGCAUAUGCGGCAAAGACGGCUCAAAUCCCAGCUAUCGCCUUCUCUGGCCAGACAGGCGACCCUAUCGCAUGGAACGUGCCCACUCCUUUCCACAGCAAGAUCUAUGCUGAUCUGGCUUUGAACGUUACCACCACCAUCAUCAACAGCGGAAAGCCCUACCUGCCAGCGAACACCUUCUUGAACGUCAACUUCCCCUCUGUAUCUGAGACCAAGUGCAGCGACCCCAGCAAGUUCAAGUACAUCUUCACUCGCAUUAACACCGGUCUUCUCAGUGCUCGCGACGCAAACUGGUGCGGUAGCACGCGCCUACCGUGGGAAGCGGAUGUUAUCUUGAUCCGAGGAAGCGAUUGCUACGUUACUAUCAGUCCUGGUGAUGCAAAUGACAAGACGACUACGAACGAUGCUGCGAUCCAGACUCAGAUCAUUAACAAGCUCAAGCCGAUCUUGUCAUGCUUGCCUUAG